AUGCAAGCAGAUUGCAAACCACAAGGUGAUGCAGAUCUUUACGGUUUGGGGGUUCGGAUAGCAUCGUACAUAUCAUGGUUCACCACUGUCGUUGCCUAUCACAAAUGGCCAGACAAAACAAUAGACUCGCUUGUGGUAAACUGCAUCCUGCAGCUUUCCUUGCUCGUCGCCACGAUACACAAGAUCACUACCAACACCGCUCAUACUGGCGAGGUGUUUCUCAUGACCUUUUUUGGCGCCGGGGGAGGAUUUGCCAUCAUGAUAGAGACGCUGAUAGAGACGAAGACGUUGGGAUUUGGGUCUACCAAGUUUGCUGAGUUUCUUCGAGCUCUCCUGCUGCUCGCUUACAGUGUGCUCAGCGUAUGGUUCUGGUACCGUGGUCGUCAUGUAUUGGUAGGUUCCUGA